AUGGUCGCCCCCACACGAGCCGUCAAGGCGGUUCAGGGCCGCCGGGCCGCCCUGCGCGCCCGCAAGGCCUCCGCCGGACCCUCCCUCAUGACCAUCUUCAUGGCCAUUGUCGCCAUCCUCACCUUCACCGCGGUCUUCAGCUCCGGCCCCUCGGCCGGCGGAAUGGGCGUCGCCGCCGCCGCCGACAAGAGGAGCGAGUACGGAACUGUCAUUGGUAUCGACCUGGGAACUACUUACUCUUGCGUCGGCGCUUCGAUCAACGGACGUGUCGAGAUCAUCACCAACGACCAGGGCAACCGUAUCACCCCUUCGUACGUCGCUUUCACCCCGGAGCGUCUCGUCGGUGACGCCGCCAAGAACCAGGCACCGCAGAACCCGGAAAACACCAUCUUUGACGCCAAGCGCCUGAUCGGCCGCAAGUGGGGCGAGUCGGACCUCAAGAAGGACAUCCGCCACCUGCCCUUCAAGCUGGUUGAGAAGAACGGCAAGCCGGCCAUCCAGGUCACUGUCAACGGCGAGAAGAAGGUCUUCACGCCCGAGGAGGUCUCGGCCAUGGUUCUGCAGAAGAUGAAGGAGACGGCCGAGGCCUACCUGGGCCACAAGGUCACCCACGCCGUCGUCACCGUCCCCGCCUACUUCAACGACGCCCAGCGUCAGGCCACCAAGGACGCCGGCACCAUCGCCGGUCUCAACGUCCUCCGCAUCGUCAACGAGCCCACCGCCGCCGCCAUCGCCUACGGCCUCGACAAGAAGGACGGCGAGUCGCAGAUCAUCGUCUACGACCUCGGAGGCGGUACCUUCGACGUCUCGCUCCUCAGCAUCGACUCGGGCGUCUUCGAGGUGCUGGCCACCGCUGGUGACACCCACCUCGGUGGCGAGGACUUCGACAACCGCGUCUCGGACUACAUCCUCAAGCAGUUCCGCAAGAAGCACGGCGUCGACGCCUCGGUCAACAAGCGCUCCGUCGGCAAGCUGAAGCGCGAGGUCGAGCGCGCCAAGCGCACCCUCUCGAGCCAGAUGAGCACCAAGAUUGAGAUCGACAGCUUCUUCGACGGCAAGGACCUCGACGAGACCCUCACCCGCGCCAAGUUCGAGGAGCUCAACAUGGACCUCUUCCGCAAGACGAUGAAGCCCGUCGAGCAGGUGCUCAAGGACGCCGGCGUCAAGAAGGAGGACAUUGACGACGUCGUCCUCGUCGGCGGCUCGACCCGUAUCCCCAAGGUCCAGCAGAUGCUCAAGGAGUACUUCGACGGCAAGGAGCCCUCCAAGGGCAUCAACCCCGACGAGGCCGUCGCCUGGGGUGCCGCCGUCCAGGGCGGUGUCCUUGCCGGCGUCGAGUCGCUCGGCGACGUCGUCCUCAUCGACGUCAACCCGCUCACGCUCGGCAUCGAGACCAACGGCGGCGUCAUGACCAAGCUCAUCCCGCGCAACACCGUCGUCCCCACCAAGAAGAGCCAGAUCUUCUCGACGGCCGCCGACAACCAGAACACGGUCCUGAUCCAGGUCUUCGAGGGCGAGCGUUCCAUGACCAAGGACAACAACCUCCUCGGCAAGUUUGAGCUCACCAACAUCCCGCCCGCACCCCGCGGCACCCCGCAGAUCGAGGUCACCUUCGAGGUCGACGCCAACGGCAUCAUGAAGGUCUCGGCCGCAGACAAGGGCACAGGUCGCACCGAGUCGAUCACCAUCACCAACGACAAGGGCCGCCUCACGCCCGAGGAGAUUGAGAGGAUGGUGGCCGAGGCCGAGGAGUUUGCCGAGCAGGACGAGAUGGUGCGCAAGCGGAUCGAGUCGAUGAACAACCUGCAGAACUUUAUCGCGACGCUGCGCAACCAGGUGAGCGACAAGGAGGGCCUGGGCGGCAAGCUGGACAAGGACGACAAGGACACGAUCAAGCAGAGCCUCAAGGACGCCGAGGCGUGGCUCGAGGAGAACGGCCAGACGGCCGAGGCGCAGGACAUUGAGGAGCAGCUCAGCGAGCUCCAGGCCGCCGUCGCCCCCAUCACCGCCGAGAUCUACCAGGGCGGCCGCGGCGGGCGGCGGCCGGCGCGCGCGGCGGCGCGGCGGGCGGCGCCGGCGCCGGCGGCUGGCGGUCCCGCCGACGACGACGACGAGCCCCUCAGCUACGGCCACGACGAGCUCUAG